UCUGGGGAAGUGACGAUGGUAACUAUGUCUAUGUAGCAUAUAUUGAUGAUAGGGUCAUCAAAAAUUCCUGGAAAACCGAGUUGAAAAAUCAAGGAUUUUAUCCCACAAUGGCCUGUCCUAAUCCAAUAAAAGUAAAGAAUGGAGAGAAAAUCAGAGCGUCUAUCUCAUGGAAACGAGAAGCAGAGAAUGAAUUCUCACCAACAGAACAAUACUCUUUUAAUAUAGACUUUACAAACCACAGGAUCAGAAAGAAAAACUUUGUUUUGCCACUCUCUACAAGAGAUGAAGAAUACAUAACUAUUAAAUUUGAUGUGGAGAAAGAAGGCACACCAGCUGAUACUUUGCAGUGGAGACAGCAUAUGGUUCGAAGAAAUGGGGCAGCAUCAGACUUUUCAAAUGUCUGUCAACCUGUCAGGUUGAUUGACGUAUUUUUGAAUGAAGUCAUCAAUGAGUUUGGCCCUGGUGCAUGGACAAACUUUGCACUCUCCUCGCAUGGACUGGAACUGGGCAUGGAAGAAGUGAUAGAAAUAGAAGUAGACUUUCGUGAUAACUUCAUGAAACAAAAGUUGGAAAUGCUCGAAAUAUGGAAGAUGCGUACCGGUGGACGAGAAGUUGAUCUGAUCGACGCAAUACGACAAAGAGUAGAAAACUUUCGAGAGCACCUCAACAACAGAAAGUGAAGAUCAUCUUAAGAUUUUCUUAUUGCAUUUAAAAACAAUGAUUGAUAUAUACCGGUACAUAAAAAAUAAU